AUGCCAACUGAAAAGAAAAACCUUGUGAAUAACGUGAUUUAUCAGUGCCAUGGGAAAUUAAAGCUGUACAUAACAGUAAAGCAAAGAAUUACCAACCAUGGUGCAGUAAGCAGGGAACUGGAGGAACUGCAAGAGGGUUAUAAAAAGUGUGUAAAUUCGAACUCGGCACGGUUUCGCCAAGUGAAGUGCUACUACGAUGGUGGUGCUAAUGACGAUGCCAAAUUGGCCAGCUGUGCUGACUGCUCCAGCGAGGAUAUAAUAAAUAAAGACAUAGUAAAUGGCUUGUUGAGAAGCCACGCAGAAAAUGGGAGUGGGUGUGUUGUCUCCUUUAUUAGUAACGCGAACAAGUCGCACACAUGUAAAUACAACAGCGACGGGGUUAAAAGGAAUGACCCCCUUGACAACCCUAGCGAUGCGCAAAUAAAAAACUUGGUAGAUAUUUUUUUAAAAAAAAACAGCGAACAGAGAAGGUACUCAUUAAGGUAUGGCUGCCUCAGUUCACCCGUUUGGCAUGACCUUUUAAAGAAUUACUGUGGGCAUGGAGCGUAUUACCAAAAAAUAAAAAGUUGUACUUUAAGGAGAGAUGAAAGGAAUGUCAAAGGCAGAAUUAAAAGCGAAAAGGGGAGAAAAAUAAAUAGUCCUCCCCUGAGUGAAUUCAAAAAAUUCAGAGAAAAAACAACUCCAGUUGAAUUUUCAGACCCGCAGAAGUUGAAGGACAUCCUCGACCUUGCAGCAAAAGAGGAGAAGGCCGUCAGGCAGGAGGCGAUAAAAAAGGGGGAACAUUUCUUGUACACAUUAAUCAGCAUACAUGUUAGCAAUGCACAAGGAGAGGAUGCGCUUCUUAGCGAUUUUGUGAGCGAUGGCGAAAGUGACACAGCGGGGAGGAACAAUUUCUUCUUCGUUAACGUUUAUUGUGGCGGGCACGGUGAAAAAAAACGGGGAGAUGGACAACUGGGCGACGAGGGAGAAGACGCUGAUGGGAUUGAAGCGAUAGAAUUGAAUAUGGCGCUCGCUCAGUUGAGCAACUUCGUUAGACAACCCUUCACAGGGGAUGACCCCCCAGUGGACACUGCACAUUUUAACAGAGUAGCCAAAAUGAUAUGCGAGAUUUACUGCAACAUGGCUGAUAUGCACCUGAAAGUCUGCCUCAACAUGUGCAGGAAUUCCGGUGUAAAGGUGGAGGAUAAACCGAUUUUUAACUUCCUGUGCUCGGUUGAUGCCCCCUUGGAGGAAUUUCUCAAAGUGCUCAUAAAGCAUGUAAAGAAGUCCCAAAUGGAAAGCAGUUUGGGGAUAGAAGAAGAACAUGGAAAAGACGGGGGAUCCCCAGAAACGGAGGAAAUGGCACAAAAAUCGGAAGCGCAGAAAAGGAUUGAAAAUGUUCUAUUUGGUACUAUCCCCUUGGAUGAACAAACCAAAUCUGAUUUAAUAAAAGAAGUGAUGAAUUUCCCGCAGGAACACUUGAACAAACUCACGUCAGUAAACAAGACGCUGCAACAUAAUUAUACCUUUUUUAAAGAAAGAGAAAAAAAUUUGCAAAAUAGCAUUGCGCGCAUAGUGGAGAAGCAGAACGAAAUGAUGAAAUAUUAUCAGGAGGAGGAAAAAAAACGAAAGGAUGAAAUAAUUCAAAUUCUUCAAGAAAUAUCAUUUGUUAGUGAACAAAAUAUGCAAAUAAAAAAUGAGAUAGAAAAGCAUAAAGGGUUGAAUUUGAAAUAUGGGCAAAUCGAGAAGGAUAGACAAGAGGAGCAGUUGAAGAAAUUCCAGUCAGUUGAUACUAUCCUGGACAAGGAGUUCGAAUCAUUCCUCAAGUUUAGGCAGGAAUCGUUAGUAAAUACAGAGUGGGUUGGGAAAAGGGAUAAAAAAGGAAGCCGUGAUGGGUCAUCGAACAACAAAAGAGAAGAGCGAACUGCCUGUGAAGCUAACUCCACAUCGGAAUCUUCCAUAAGCGACAUCCUCAAAAAGCAGGAAGAGCAAUAUUUAAAAAAUUUAAACGAAGCGAUAAACCAUGCGGAGAAAAUAUUUGGGGAAACUCAGGACGUGAGAAAAAAGUAUGACGAGGCCAUACGGGAGAAGGCGGAGUUGUUUUCCAUUUUAAAGGAGACCGCGGUGAAGUUUAACGAAAGAGCAAAUUGUCUAAUGAACAAUUUUAAAGGCACAAAGGGGUUGAAGUUGAUAACUCCCAUAGAGGACAAGUGUGUAAGCUUUAUGGAAAAAUACGAGAGGCAAAACUUAGUCAUAAAUAAUGACAUGAGGGAGUAUAAGGCCCUACUGGAGGAGCUACAGACUCGUAACUUUAAUGACACACAGCUGCGCUGGAUUUACAGGAUGAGUUCUUUGUCCAAGCAUUUUUAG